UCCAACCUUCAGCACGAAAAGGUUGUGAAACCCAUCUUUCAAUUCAGUUAUCAUUUCCUCUGCAGAAACUUCCCCUCACCUUCCAUAUCUCAAUCACGAUUUCCCUUUUCUCUAUCCCUUUAACUCCGCCCCCUUUUUGUUGUUUGAUCAGCAGAUAAGCAAAGAGAGCCAAAAAUUUGAUCUUUGAGCUGAUUUCAGCCGAUUGUGUUGAUUAGAAGCGAAACCCUUCCCGAUUUUGAUAAAAUCUUUCAUCCCAUUUCGCAGUUGAAACCUUUAGAGGAGGUUUUGUUUAAAAUUUUGUUCUUGAUUGAAGUGCCAGUUGGAUUAGAAUGACCGCGUACUCGGCGGCGUGUAAGCGGGUGCUGAGAUUAGGACCCGGGUUGGCCGCGACCCGACCCAUUUCCGAACUUGCUAAAUCCAACGGCAAACGUAUCUACCUCGUCGACACUCUGGCCCUUGUGAGGAAACUCGAGGCACAGGGGGUGGAGUCGAGGCAGGCGCAGGCAAUAACCGAGGCAAUGAUGCAGGUGCUGAAUGACAGUAUGGAGAAUGUCUCUGGUUCCUAUGUUUCUAAGAGUGAAAUGCAAAAGAGCGAGAUGUUUCAGGAAAACAAUCUGUCCAUGUUCAAGACGGAAGUCAAGAGCUCACAGGACCACCAUUUCUCCAUGUUACAACAUGAGAUGGAAAAAAUCAAGAAUGAUAUAGAGAAGAUGCGUAGUGAGUUAAGGUACGAAAUCGACAAAGUCACAGCGGGGCAGCGCUUGGAUCUUAAUCUUGAACGGGGGAGGAUCCGAGACGAGCUGAACAAUCAAAAUCAAGAAACAACCAACCUCACCACCAAACUUGAUCGAGAAAUCCAUACACUGCGAGCUCAACUGGAAGCUGCAAAGUAUGAUGUGAUCAAGUAUUGCAUAGGUACGCUCGCUUCUGUCUCUGCAGUUGGUCUUGCUGUACUCCGUAUUCUGAUGUAGCCAAUGGGUGCCAUUCGACUGGUUUUCGUGGGGAUUUUAUACUCAUUUUUUAUGUGUAAAAUCCUUGACUAAGUAGAAAACUAGACUCAUUGGUUAGGAGGAUUCAAAUAACAAUGUACCUAUUGAUUGGCUUUUUUUGUUUGCAAGCUUGUAAUAGUUUUCUUAUUUAAUUCAAGAUGUUGUGUAAUAAUUUACUCUUUUGAAAAAUCUAUUAUUAUGUGCAACGAUUGCAAAUUUUUUUACUACA